GUAGCAAGAUGGCGGCGCUGAAGGAGGAGCAGUGCUACGGACUGUCCUGUGGAAGAGUGAGCAACGGUAGCAAUGUCUCCGUCUUUCACGUUAAACUCACUGACAGCGCGCUGAGAGCGUUUGAAGGCUACCAGAGCAACAAGGUCCUGUCAUCACAGCCAUUGAUUAGGUUUAAUGGAAACCAAGGGAAAAUUUCAAUACCACGGUCAGAAAAUUCCAGUGAACUGCAAACGUUUACUUUCUACCUGUCAAAUGUGGGCAGAGAUAACCCCCAGGGCAGCUUCGACUGCAUCCAGCAGUACAUCACCAGUGAAGGGAGCAUUCAGCUGGAUUGUUUGGGUGGGAUCCAGGACAAGAUUACGGUAUGUGCCACAGACGACUCCUACCAGAAGGCCAGGGAAAGCAUGGCCCAGGUUGAGGAGGAGACUCGCAGUAGGAGUGCCAUCGUCAUCAAGCCCGGGGGGAGAUACGUAGGUAAGAGGGUUCAGAUCUGGAAAGCAGCACCUGGCCUGACAGACAUUGCCCCGUCACGGAGGACGUCUCGGCCUGUCAUCAUUUCUAGCGGUACGCUAAAGAAGAGCGCGGCUCAGCACAGGCCGCUCCGGGAACGCCUCGUCCACCUGUUGGCCCUCAAGCCUUACAAAAAGCCUGAGCUGAUCCUGAGGUUGCAGAAAGAUGGCCUUCUGCCAUCAGAGAAGGACUCCCUGGAUAGCCACCUGCAACAGGUGGCGAACCUGAGUGGAAAAGACAACACCUUCACAUUGAAGGACUUUUUGUAUAAGGAAAUUCAGAAGGACUGGCCAGGCUACACAGAAGGAGACCAGCAGCUUCUCAAGAGGAUCCUGUUUAGGAAACAGAACAGCUCUGCCCCUCCACUGGAGAGCCCGCCAAAAGAGUCGGCCAGCAACUCGCCAUCUCAGAAACGGCCUGCUUCUGACUUCAUCGACCCCCUUGUCAACAAAAAGCCUAGGAUAUCACACCUUGCCAGCAAGGCUGCAACAGCCCCAGUCAAUGGCAAGCUCAGCUCCUCCAACGGGAGAGGAGAGGCAGGUGGAGUGCAGGCAGGGGUGGCGGUUUCUAUGUCAGACAGCGGCAUGACAUCCAGCUCCCAGCAACUCCCCGUGCUGGACAUCCCUCGUCCUUUCGAAGCACUGUCGGACGUCAGCAACGACUCCAGCCACAACGGGAGAGACUGUGACUCUCAGGAAACGGCGGUGUCCGAGAGGCUCAGCCAACCUCCUUCGCUAUUCACGGGCUCGGCGAUGCUCACCGCGCCCAGCAUCGGCACAUCAUCUCCUGGACACACGGUCCUGGAAGGCCCUCGGGACAAGAGUCCUUCGUCCAGCAACACCAAGUCCAGAAAGAAAUCAAAAAAGCAUAAAGACAAGGAGAAGAGCAAAGACAGGGAGAGGGUGAGAGAAAGGGCACAGGAGAAGGAAGUGAAGAAGAGUCGUGAGGAGCGUGUGCCUGAGCCUAACAGAGCCUGUGAGUUGAGCCCAGGAAACCUCAAAAGCAACAGUAUUCCACACAAAAGCACAGAUCUGAAUGGAAUGUGCAACAGUACCAGUAUUCCUUCGUCGUCACCUGAGGUGGCAGAGUAUUUAUUGAAGUACACAGUGAUCGGCUCUCCGGAGCAGCGUCAGAGGUAUAAAAACGAUUUCAACGCCGAGUACAGUGAGUACCGGGGUCUGCAUGCUCGAAUAGAGAUCAUCACCCGGCAGUUCACUGUGCUCGACAAUGAGCUCAAACAGCUCCAACAAGGCACAGACAAGUACAAGACAAUCCACAAUCAAAUACUUCAAGAGUAUCAUAAAAUAAAAAAGACUAAUCCAAACUAUAGUCAAGAGAAGAACCGCUGUGAAUAUCUACACAACAAACUGGCACAUAUAAAGAGACUUAUUGCCGAGUACGAUCAACAGCAACUUUAAAAGUAGUAUUAGACAUUGUUCCCCUGUUAUCUCUGGAAACCAAGCAGAUAAAGGAAAACUCUGGAGUCCCCUUGUGCUAAAAUAUUUUCUCAUGAAAGAUGCCAUGAAGGGAGUAUUCCCCUCAUCAGGGCCAAAGGCUCUGGUGAGGACUAAGCAGGACACACUCUUUUUUUUUUUCCCUCUUCCUUCCUUUUUUCUUUUUUUUCCCCCUUCUUCUCUUUUGGAAGGUGGGGUUGUGCCUCAUGUGGCCAGGUCUGUCUGCUUAGUUACGCAUCCAGAAAAAAAGGUUCUGUGUGGCUUUGUUUUCCUCAGCAGCCCACCCUGCUUAUUGUGCACAGAGGUCAGAAAGAGUCAAACACAGAAGCUUUCUCGGGAGACAUCCGAAUAAUCUUUCCUGCUUUUGAAAACAAAGAGACGGGGGGGUGCCGAGGUGAAAAUCGCAGAUUGUAAAGACAAAUGCAACUAAUUUGUUUUCGAGUAAAGUGAAUUUCCCCAUAUACUGAAUCGAAUGGUUGUGACGUUGAAUUUAUCUCAGUUUUUCUUUUUAUUUAUUUUGGACACUUAACUGGGGGGCGCUGCGUCUGUUUUACACUCCUCAAUAUCAGUACUUAAAAGCUGUCCCUCUUCUUUUCUGCCCUCGCAUCUUGAAUGUCAGCCAGUAUUUUAUUCAGAAGCUGCCUUGCCCAUCUAAUUGUCAAUCUGUUGGCUUUCUUUUUUUUCUCUCUUUUGAAGAGAUGCUGAUAUUACUGUUGAUUAAAUCAAAACAAUGCCUCUAAAUGCACAGAGUCACACGCAGGUUUGUGCGCUUGGCUUUGCUUUUCUAAAAUUAUGUGCAGAUGUCUUAACGGAGGGGACAUGUGCGGAAGUUUCCAGUCACUCUUGAGCUGUAGAUUUUCUUUGAACAUGGUCUCCACACCCAGUCGUGACGAGCUGCAGCGCUCGUCCAUCAGCUACAGCAGUGGUCCUUAGUUAUGGUUCAUCAUGUUGUAUCAAUGAAAACUAGAUUAAGCUCUUAAUUGGUUGUCUUUCCAGGUUAGGUCAUGCCGGCUUUUGUAGCAAUAGAAUGAUUCAAAGUUACACUAUCUGAAGAGUUAAUUCAGUUGUAGUCUUCAUCGUGCUUCAGAAGAUCCUCUAAUUGUAAGAUGAUGCAGACAGGGGAUGCAGAUCUGCAGGCUUUGUCUUUUUUCAUCUUCAGAAUGUUCCGAACUAGGUCGAGCCACAGAUUUGAUUUCUCCCAAGUUACCAUCUUUGGCACCUUUUUAGUCAUGUUAAAAUAGUGUUUACAGUGUCUUUAAGAAGAUCAAAUUCUUUGUUUUGUCUGUCAUCGACCCACACGAUAGUCCAUCGAGACGACUGUUAAGAUGAAGCCAUCCUUGAUCAUCUUCCAGGUGGAGGCCUCUCAGAGAAGGAGGGCUCACCUGCAACCAGUUCUUGCCUUUUUAAAAAUGUGAUGUCAGAUAUUCACGGAGGUUGACCUGAAACCUAUGUCCUGGAUCAGCUCUCCUCUCUGAGAAGCGUCAAGACGGAUCCGCUCGACGGAUCCGUGGACAAAUUGGAAAUGCUGUAUCAGAACUUAACCAGAUGAGCGAGCGGGUCGAGUUUAGUCGGCGACUGCAUUUCUUAUAUCGAUCUUUUUAUGUGAAUAUGAAAAAUCAGCACUUUUUCUCCUGACCUUGCUGUUACCUGGGAGUUUUGUCCAAAUGACUUUUCUCUUUGUCCAUCAGAGUGCAUGCUUUUAUGAAUGUGUUACAAUGAACAGUCUUUGUAAAUUUACUUGGGAAAACAAAAACCGCCCAAGGAUAUCAAAAUCCAAGCAAAGGCCUAGUCCAACUGAAUUAGUAUGUAAUCAAUUCGACAUGGCUCUGACCAGCAUGUGUACCAAAGUGCUUACCGAGUGGGAUGAAACAAAACGCUCUACCAAAUGUUGGCAAAGGAACAUGUCGCAGUAUUCUCUGCUUCCUGUUAUAAUCAUGUCUUUUGUCAUAAUUUAUCACCCAGUGGAAACUCUCAGUGUAUUCUUGUCAGAAGUCAGAGGACGCUCCUUUGCUCCAGAUGGGAUGUUGCAUGACUGGGCUCAAGUGUUUCAAUGUGGUGCCAGGUUUCAGAUUAUAUCACUCUCCUCAUGCAAAAGAAACACUACAUCAGGGCCAGCGCUCCGAGGCUCAUCACAGCGGUGCUGCUGGGUCAAGACUGAGGCUGGAUCUGGGACUUGAUGCCUGAGCGAGGGGACAUAAAGUUUGGAAAGGUGAAACAACACUCAGCAUUGCCCAGUACUGCAACCUUUGACAAGAGACGCUUUUCACUGUUCUUACUGUAUCUUGUUUUCCAGAAGCAUUCUGACAUGAUUACUGUAUUACACCUCUAUUACGGUCAAAAUCCAUUGUGAAUGAGUUCAUCAGUAAACACGUUUUUGCACAGACGGAGAGCAAAGCGUGUGAAAGUAAUGAUAUGCCAGCACAGGAGUACCGUUGUAUGAGUUGAUUGUGCCAAAACGACCUGUUGUAUAGGUUUUUUUUUUUUCUUUGAGUAUAUACAUGCUGCUGUAUAAGCAAAGAGGGCUUUGGAGAAGAAUCAUGAAAUGUUGGCGCUAAAACCCAAAGCACGCUUUUUGAAAACCAUAAGGG